AUGUUGCCCCUAUUCCUUGUGACCUCGCUCUUCCUGACCCAGUUUUUAGCCGCCGCACACACCGAGAACUUUGAGAUCGUCAAGGGCCUCGCCGACAAAGCUCGCGUCAAGCUCGACCUGACCGGACAACAAUCCUACGCCAUCUACGAAAAGUUCCCCGCCAAGGUUUACAACCCGCUCGACUACCACAUGCGGCUGAUAGUCGGUCACGUCGAGUGCAAGGACGACAACGACUGCGACUUUGCCGCGAAUGCAUUCCACAUGCACGCGCACGGCGGCUCGUGUGAGAGGGUUCUGGGUUCCAAGACAAAUCAGCAUUCCCGAAACAGACCUUGGAAGGCCAACCAUUACUACGACAAGAAGGAAGACAUCGAUAAGCCAUUGCCUCAAAAGAACAGGUACCAAUGGGCUGGGCCGACUAGGACACUCAGCUAUGACGAGAUUUAUGCUUUGGGCGACAAGUGGUGCGGCAGCUGUUUCCAUUCGAGAUACAAUAAAGUCUUCAACAACUGCCAUCAUUUCGUCUACUCUUUAUACAACAAGAUAAAGCAGAAAUGA